AUGGAUGGUGAUUCAAUUGAAAUCAAAUCAGAGCCCGAUGUCAAAGACGAGCCGGAGGCUGCUGAUUACGUUUACAUGGUGUCGAUUCCGAAUCAACAUCGAGUGCAACACGUCAAGUUGGAACUAGCCGAUGAUACAAGCAAUGGACUUCAAAGCGAUGGAUCGCCUGGAAUCAACGAGUUCGAAUGGAUUCAUAUCGAACCAGAGCCUAAAGCUGAAGAGGUGGAAAAAGCUGAUUGCAAGCCAGAAGAAAGCAAAAAAUCACAGCCAAGCGGUGAUGGCUCAGGCAAGAGAAACAUUGACGUCAAACAGGCUAAAAAGCAGAAUCGCGAUGGUCACAAAACACUGGCUGCCAAAUUGAAGUCAAUCGAAGCGACAGGCAGAGCCAGAUCGGUCAUCAUUGCAUCUCACAAAAAGCGAUCAGCUGCAAAAAAAAACAAGAAACAACACAAGUGCCCGACGUGUGAUCAUGUCGCAUCACGGCCAUGCAAUUUGAAGACGCAUAUGUUGACGCACACUGGCGAGAAGCCGUUCCCGUGCAACAUCUGUGACAAACGAUUCACACAAACAUCGAACCUUCAAACACAUUUGAAAACACACCCCGAUGAAUAUCCGUUCAGCUGUUCAGUUUGUCUCAAGCGGUUCGCUCAGAAUGAUGAAAGAUUGGAGCAUGAAGUCACUUGCGAUGGGCGACACUACGAAUGCCACUUGUGCAAGAAAUUCUCUACUCCACACAAGGUUUAUUUGAAGAUUCAUAUGCGUGUGCACACCGGCGUAAGACCUUUCCGAUGCAGCCUUUGCUCCAAGAAAUUCACACGAAAGGCACAUUUGAAAGGUCAUACAAAACUUCACACAAAUUCUCGUCCGGUGAAAUUCCAAUGUUUGGUUUGCGCCCGAAACUUCUCUCAAGAGAUGGAAAAGCAGCAACAUGAAUCGAAGUGCCAAAGUCGACGUUACGAAUGUUACUUGUGCAAGAGCUACGUGACAUCUCGUAAAUGUGGUAUGAUGUCACAUAUUAGUGCUCACCGGUGUCAAACCAUUCCGAUGUGA